AAAACCGGCCAAUCGUUGACGGGCCCCUCGCUACAAUUUGGUUGCAAAAUCGUGACACAAAACCCCCGCCGGAGCCGGGUAACUUCGCCAAAUGGGGAAGGUCGUGCGAGCAUGUCGUGUCUCCACCCAGCCACAAAAUUUUAUUGCAGUCACCAACGGCCAGGUGGGAUUUUUACAGCAUUUCCACCAGGCCGUUUCUACCCUUACGUCUCCGUCUCCCACUCCAAAGGAACCCCGGCAUCCUUACGGCUCCACUCCUCCAGGAAGCGCCGCCAAAAUCUCCUCCCACCCCCUCAAUCCGUCCGGUUCCCCGCCCUCACACCCAAUUGCUAACUAAGCGCUGUUUGUAAUAGUAAUCUGGCAGCAAAUCAUCCUGUCUGUGCCCCCCCCUGGUUCUAGUUUCGGCUCCCAGCACCACCAUACCUUGCUAUAUAC